AUGCAAUCGAAUGCACAAGGUCGUCGGCUGCGUAAGCGUGUCAAGAAGCAUUACGUAGACGAUGAUGAUGAUGAUUUCUUUGAAGAAGUUUUUGAAAGACCUCAAAGAUGGCAGAUUGCAGAUAAAUUAAGCGCUCCAGAUAAUUAUCAAGGCAAAUUUGUCGAAGAACUCACAGCUAAUGAAUUCAAUUUAUCCUAUGUUCAACGUACCGGUUUUCCGAAUCCGAUUGUGAUAAAACAGCAUCGUGGAUUAGGUCUUCGUGUGCCAACAUCAAAGUUUACCGUUCACGAUGUUCGUACAUGUGUCGGUUCUCAACGUCUUAUCGACGUUGUUCAUGUUGAUACUCAACAAUCAUCUCAAAUGACAAUGAAAUCUUGGACAGAUUAUUAUGAUCAACCAUCAGAAAAGCGUACUCAAUUAUUAAAUGUUAUUUCACUUGAAUUUAGUCAUACAAAACUUGAACAAUAUGUUGAAUCACCGUCUAUUGUGCGCGAAAUAGAUUGGGUAUCAAAUGCUUGGCCUCACGAUUGGCAAGAGAUUCAAGCUGAAUAUCAACAUAAUCUCAAGCAAGCACAUAUGUAUUAUCCAAAAACUCGAAAAUAUGCUCUCAUGUCAGUUGCGAAAUGUUUUACUGACUUUCAUAUUGAUAUGGGCGGAUCUUCGGUUUGGUAUCAUUUACUUAAAGGAAAGAAAGUCUUCUGGUUAAUUCCACCAACUGAAUCUUAUUUACGUUUAUAUGAAGAGUGGAUUUUAUCUCGACAACAAAAUGAAUGUUUUUUUGCUGAUUUAUGUGCUUCAAAAGAUUGCCAAAUGAUUGUUCUCGAACCUGAUUGGACAUUUUUUUUGCCCUCAGGUUGGAUUCAUGCUGUAUAUACAAUGGAAGAUUCUCUUGUUUUCGGUGGAAAUUUCUUAAAUUCUUUUAAGAUUCCAAUGCAAAUACAAGUUUGGAUGAUUGAAAGAAAAGCUCGAAUACCCGAUCGAUUUCGAUAUCCGUAUUUUAUUGAAACUAUGUGGUAUGUCAUUGAACGUUAUGUACAGUGUCUAACUGGUAUGACAUAUAUUUUGGAUGAUUGGUAA